UCAUAUGAUGACCCACAGCUGGUGCUUUUGGUCUUGUGUACAGUGUCGCCUAGGGUGGUGGUGGUGCCUAUACUCUCCUGCAUCAUUGGUUUCCCCCUGCUGGUGAUGCUGGUCAUCUGUGGUCUCAGGUACAGAGCGAGACGAGCACGUAUCUCAGCUAAGAAAGCUCACAAUGUGGAGUCAUCACUCUUGGAGCUCGCGUCUGGACCAUCUAUCCUGUCCAGUCGCUACAGCAAUGGUAAACUUUUAGACAGAAGAGAAAAAAGGGCUCUUGUAAGGUUCAAGCCUAUGCCUGAGAUCGAUCUGGACACCGUAGUGGAGGAGAAAUCUGAAUUUGAUGCCGAGGUCACGGCCUCCGACCUCCUGACGACCCCUGAAGAGCUGGUUAUUCCUGAGGAGCCGACACCCCCGGCCUCCUUCAGGGCCUACAGAUAUAUGGGUCCAGUACAGACAGCGAUAACCACACCCAUGAAGACGUCUCCGUAUAGGAAUCCUCAUAUAUCCUGUAACCUCGAGCACGUCAGUGAGGAGAUGGAGGCGGGUGAGGAUGCGGCCCUGGACGUCAGUGACGAUGAGGGCCUCGACGCCUUCGACGACGACGACGAUGACGUAGAAGCUGAUUUCGUCAGAGCCGAAGAUAUCCUUGAUGAAAAUGACGAAGACGAGGAAGCAGCGGGUAGCGGCGGGAGCAGUGAUAGUGACACAGGAGGAGCCUGCUUCUCACUCUCCCCCAAGCAGGUAUCCAAAUCUCCCACCGGGGUGCAUCUGGCCCUGAAGAAACUCGACGUUACUCGCAGACAUUCCAGUCCCGUCAAAGUCAACUGCCCCAGAAACAAAGCUCAACGCAGCUCAGGGAAAGUAAAUCACAGUUAUAAUAGUGAAGAAGAAAGUCCCCAGCUUAUCAGGGCUGGUUUCGAUUACAUUGACAGGGAAUUAAUGCCCGAAAUCACUCCCCGCACUCGAUCUCACUCCGUUAAGCACCCCAGCCGACGUGCUGCGUCUUUUACUAUAAAGAAGCGCCACGGAGAGUCCCUCAAACUCAGAAGUAAAAGCUUUUCGAGAAGUAUUUCACAUGGUCAAGAUGGUCAGGAAAACAGACCCAGAGUGCAUCAGAGGUACCCCUACAGCGGCGGCGACUCUCCUUCCACAUCACAACAACUGCAGAACGGUGUUCACGCGUGUGAUGUGCAUGUCAGUGAAAGUGGUGCUCAGGAUGGCUCACUUGGUGAUCAGAUGUACAGUGAUAAGAGUAACAGUGACGAAGUGAGCACCAGGACCGUGUCCGACGCUGAAACGCUCACCAACGGCAACGAAACAGAUUGGUCAGGCUCCUCCAGAGACCCCCACGUUUCAACCCGCGGGUGCUAUACCCUUAUGGUGCCCGAAGAGAGGACAGGCCUAGAAAUCCCAACGAGAAGAGCCCCGGGUCACACUUCUCGAACACUUUACGGUGAAGCUGAUGCCAGAGACAUGCAUCCGGUGCCAGCUGUCAUCACGGAGGAGAGUGCCUCCGAAUGCCAACAGGCUGACGCGAUAGGCACGCAAACUAACGUAAAUUUCGUGAACGAUCAUGAAUAUAAACACAGACAGGAUGAAAGUGAGGUAGUGAGACACUGUCACAGGUGCCUGGAGGAUGUAGACAGAGAUAACGAGAGAAGUACUCUUGUCUGAUAGUGUUAUAUCCCGUUUUUUAUACAUAUAAAUGCUUUGACACUGUGUGCGUUUACCUUUUAAGAAAUUUUACGACCUUCAUAUAUAUAAAGAACUUACCAGCCUUGAAAAAAAACUUAUGCUAUACAUUUUUACAAAUAUCUUGAUGUUAUCUGGGACAUCUGGUGCUUAAUAAUGCGAAACUUUAU